AUGAGAAUCUUUACAUUUCUCACGUUUGUACUUCUGCUAAUACAUCAAAGCUUCUCACUCUCCAGACCACAGUGUCACAGCUGUGAACAAACAUCCUGUAACUGCUCAGGACAAAACCUGACCACCGUCCCUGCGGCCCCUUCAAAGCUCAUCACUCAACUUGAUCUCUCAUGCAACGAACUGAGGACAAUAAUGAAAGAUGACUUUGCAGCAUUUGCCAGUUUACGGUCUUUGAUCAUGAAUAACAACAGCAUCCAAAAAAUCCAUGAGCAAGCAUUUGUCCCGCUGACAAAUUUGGAGAAGUUGGACUUGUCCUUCAACAAACUGGAGAUGUUGUCUGCUGGAUGGUUUGAGAAUCUUGUUUCUCUUCAGCACUUAAAUCUUUUGGGGAACGAAUAUAAAAUGUUGGGUCAAGGUAAUCUUUUCCAGCCACUGAAGAAAUUAAAGACCCUAUAUUUUGGAGGACCUGAACUUCAGUCUGUCAGAAAAAGUGACUUCUCUGGCCUCAGUGGUCUUGAAGAGGUUGUUUUUGAUGGAAAGAAUCUACAAGACUACAAAAGAGGAAGUUUGAGAGAAGUUGGGCCAGUUAAAUAUGUAACACUUGGUCUGAAUGAUUCUAAAUUGGUCUUAAGAUUGUCGGGUGGCAUGAGUUUUCCCUCAAGCUUGGGCCAUUUGGAGGCUAUUGUAGUGAAAAACGUUGAUGUCCCUGCUUUUUACCUCUUCCCAGCUCUACUUGCCGAUGAAUCUCUGCUACCAGUGUUGCGAAGGGUGACUGUGCAGAACUGCAAGGUGUACCUCCUGCCUUGUGAAUCUGCUGCCACUCUUACAAGGCUUGAGUAUUUGGACUUCAGUGACAACUUGAUUACUGAUAUGGCCCUUAGUAACAUCAUGUGCAAUGGCGAUAGUGAUUUUAGGCUUCUGCAAACCAUCAAUAUCAGCAGGAAUUACCUGCAUUCAAUCAACAGCCAGCUCUUCACCAAACUAAAUGAACUUAAAAAUAUUGACAUGAGUGGAAACAUAUUUCAUAAAAUGCCUGAUAUUUGUUACUGGCCACCAAGUCUCCAAUUCUUAAACCUUUCAUCAACACAUUUAACAAAAGUCACCACCUGUUUGCCUGUGAGUUUACGUGUCCUCGAUCUGUCAGACAACGAUUUGACCGUGUUCAACAUCGAACUACCUUUUCUCACAGAUUUAUACAUCUCUGGCAACAAGAUCAGUCAUUUGCCAGAUGGGGGUUUAUAUCCUAGUGUUGUAUUUGUCUCCAUUCAAAACAACAACUUGCAUACAAUCAGCAGCAAAAGUCUAAAUGAUUAUAAUAGUCUGACGAGCCUGGAGGCUGGUGCUAACACAUUUGUCUGUUCAUGUGACUUCGUAGCUUUCAUGACGACUGACUGGACUAAUCAUCGAGUCACAAUUGGAGAUGAGUUCAAGUCAUACAUCUGUGAGUCCCCUGACUCUACAAGAGGAAAGAGCGCGUUAGAUGCGAGGUUGUCGGUGUUUGAGUGCCACACAGCUUUAGCUUUUUCUUUACUCUGCUCAGGCAUACUGCUAGUGUUUCUGCUUGUUGCAGGUUUGUGUCACAAAUUCAGCGUUUUGUGGUACAUGAAGAUGACCUGGGCCUGGCUGAGAGCCAAGAGAAAGCCAAAGUUAAAAAAGGGAGAGCUUGAGUAUGACGCCUUCGUGUCCUACAGUGACAUGGACUCUGGCUGGGUUGAAACAUAUCUGGUCCCAGAGCUGGAGCAGGCCGAGCCUCCUCUCCAGCUCUGCCUCCACAAGAGAGACUUUGUUCCCGGAGGCUGGAUCUUGGACAACAUCAUGGACGCCAUCGAGAAGAGUCACAGAACUCUGUUUGUCCUUUCUCAGCAUUUCAUCAGGAGUGAGUGGUGCAAGUACGAGCUGGAUUACACCCAUUUUAGACUGUUUGACCAAAAUGACGACACAGUUGUGCUGAUUCUGUUGGAGCCUAUUGACAAAGAGACCAUCCCCAAAAAGUUCUGCAAGCUGCGGAGAGUCAUGAACUCCAGGACGUACCUGGAGUGGCCUGAUGAUGACGGCCAGAUUCCCAGGUUCUGGCACAGCUUGAGAACAGCUAUUAAAAGACCUGAAACUGAUCACAAAGACCAUCUAGAGUUUGACAAUACGGACGUUUAA